ACACCGUCUACACAAUUCCAUUACACCGUCUACACAAUUCCAUUCCAAAACCAACACCAAAGCCAAACCAAACAAAACCAUUAUUAAUCCUCCUAUUUCCAACUCCUUCAAGAAAAUUCAAUCAAAAUUAAUGGCUUCCUUACAGACAUCAUCUCUCAUCCUCUCUUCUUCUUCUUCUUCAACUUCAUUUUCUUCAAACAGAAUCAAUGCUGCUCUUCAACUCCCUGACCUUCCAAGAGACCGUUACACAGUUAUCCAAAACCGAACAAGAAAAAUGGUUGAAGGUUUGAAUUUGAAAGUCGAUAGAUUCCCAAACACAUUCCCAGUACUCGAAAACAAUAAUAACAAUGUCUCCACAAUCACACCUCCAGAUUCUGCUGCUACUUCUAAGUUUACCGAGCAAUUCUACGCGAUCUUGGAAGCGGUAGCAGAUAGAGUUGAGAUGCACAACAACAUCGGAGUACAGCGAAACAACUGGAACACCCUUCUGUUGAACUCCAUCAAUAUGAUCACCCUCACUGCUUCCACUAUGGCCGGAGUUGCAGCUGCGACCAGCGGUGGCGGUGCCGGAAUGUCGCUUCUGGCUUUGAAACUGUCGUCUACGCUCCUGUUCUCGGAAGCUGCAGGGAUGUUGCUGGUCAUGAACAAAAUUCAACCUUCCCAACUAGCGGAAGAGCAACGCAACGCUGCGAGAUUGUUUAAACAGCUCCUGAAGCAAUUCCAAACCGUCGUUUCUCUUCGUGCUCCGAACGAACAAGAUGUGAAGGACGCAAUGGAGAAGGUCUUAGCACUCGACAAAGCUUACCCUCUUCCUUUGCUAGGUGCGAUGAUCGAAAAGUUCCCGGAAAAAUUCGAACACGCUGUAUGGUGGCCUUCGAGCAAAUCCAAAAGCAGAAGCAAUUUAUACAGCUCAACUACGACAGCGAAGAAGAACGGUUGGAGCGAAGAACUUGAAGCGGAAAUGAGAGAGAUUGUACAAGUAGUGAAGGGAAAAGACAGGGAAGACUAUGAAAGGCUUGGUAACAUAGCGUUGAAGAUAAACAAGAGUUUGGCCAUUGCAGGUCCAUUGUUGAUGGGCAUUGCGGCUCUGAGCUCGCCAUUCAUCGGCAAUGGAUCGUUGGGAGCUGUGGUGGCGGUGACAACCGGAGCAUUAGCGAGCGCCGUCAACUCUUUCGAACACGGCGGACAAGUUGGGAUGGUGAUAGAGAUGUAUAGGAACUGUGCUGGCUUUUUCAAGCUCAUGGAGGAUUCAAUUGAAGCAACACUUGAAGAGAGUGAUGUGGAGAAAAGAGAAAACGGAGAGUUGUUCCAAAUGAAAGUGGCUUUGCAACUUGGAAGAAGCUUGCCGCAGCUCAACCACAUUGCUGCUAAAUCUGCUGCUUCUCGUAUGGAAGGAAUCGCCGUUGACGAAUUCGCUAGCAGGCUUUUCUAAUUUCAUGUUCAUAUUCAUUUUGUAAACAAUGAAAAAAAAAAAAAAAUUACUCUGACUUUCAUUCUUUUAUUCUUUGAUUCUUAAAUUCUUUGUAAACAAACGAGUAACAUGG